AUGUCGAACAGUGUGUACGCAGCUUUCGCCGUUGCCUUAGUGUUCAGUGUGUACCACUCCGAGGGAUCGAUCGAUGGAUCCUUAUCUAACUCGGUGGAGGAGGCCAAGCCUGAAAACACAACGGAGAGGGCGGGGAGGUCGUUGAACAAGGAAUGCAACGGCGGCCUCAGCGCUAAGUGUCUGAAAGUUCACGUUCUCUCAUUCUUGGAGGACCUGAGCUCUCGCGAUGAGCUGCAGCUGCUGCCUGGAUUAAGCAUCAUCAAGGAGAACAACACGUCGCAGAAGAGUCCGGAGGAGAUGGCCGCGGAGCUCUCGCGCCAGUUUCCCGGCAAGCCCGAGGAGAAACUCAACAGGUUCCUGGUAUACCGCCUCCAGGAUUAUCUGGAUGGGCACUCGCUGAGGUACAAGCUUCUGGACCCGCAGACGUCAAAGGAAGCUUUGGAGAUGGCGAAGGGAGAAAGGGAGUCCGUCGGCAGGAAAAGCGGCGGUGGCGGGGGCCUGGGUGGCGGAAAGGGAGGCGGCGGUGGAGCCCUGUUAGCUGCCGCAUUGAUGAUGAAAGGCGCUUUGGCGGCCGCGGCUUUAGGCGCGCUGGCACUUUUGGCGGGAAAAGCGCUGAUGACAGCUCUUAUGUCACUUCUCCUGUCCGCACUGGUCGGCUUGAAGGGUCACGGCGGCCACAAAUCGACCACGUACGAAAUCAUCACCAAACCCGAAGUCUCCCACCACCACUCCCACAGCCACGAGGAGCACCACGAACACGAACACGGUCAUCAUGGAGGAUACAGGAGGGCAUACGACGCCGACUACAACAGCUACAUGCCGUAUGACAACACCAGC